GGCACCAGCUAGUACAUACAGGAGAAAAGUCUUACUCCUGCUCAGACUGUGGGAAUUGUUUCGCCCAAUUUAAUACCUUAAAAUCUCACCAGCGUAUGCACACAGGAGAGAAGCCUUACUCCUGCUCUGACUGUGGGAAGAGUUUCUCUCAACUGGGAAGCUUACAAACACACCAGCGUAUUCAUACGGGAGAGAAGCCUUACUCCUGUUCUGACUGUGGGAAGAGCUUUAGAACAUCAGGUGCUCUGACAGUUCAUCAGAGCGUGCACACUGGAGAGAAGCCUUAUUCCUGCUCUGACUGUGGGUGCAGAUUCUCUCAACGGAGAAACUUAAAAAACCACCAACAUAUACACACAGGAGAGAAGCCUUACUCUUGCUCUGACUGUGUAAAAUGCUUCACAACAUCAUAUGAGCUAACAGUUCACCGGAGAACACACACAGGAGAGAAUCCUUACUUCUGCUCUGACUGUGGGAAGAGUUUCUCCCUAUUGGAUACCUUAAUCAAACAUGAACGUAUACAUACAGGAGAAAAGCCUUACUCCUGCUCUGACUGUGGGAAGAGUUUCUCUCAACAGAGUAACUUAAAAAGACACCAACGUUCACAUACAGGAGAAAAGCCUUACUCCUGCUCAGACUGUGAAAAGAGUUUUUCCCAAUUGGAUAAGUUAAAUAGUCACAAGCGAAUACAUACAGGAGAGAAGCCUUACUCCUGCUCUGACUGUGGGCAAAAUUUCUCUCAACACAGCAGCUUAAAGAAACACCAACGUAUACACACAGGAGAAAAGCCUUACUUCUGCUCUGACUGUGGAAAAUGCUUCACAACAUCAUCUGAGCUAACAGUUCACCAGAGAACACACACAGGAGAAAAGCCUUACUUCUGCUCUGACUGUGGGAAGAGUUUCAAAACAUCAUCUGAGGUAACAGUUCACCAGAGAACGCACACAGGAGAGAAGCCUUACUCCUGCGCUGAAUGUGGGAAGAGUUUCUCUCAACAGAGCAACUUAAAAAAACACCAAUGUUUACAUGCAGGAGAAAAGCCUCACUUCUGCUCUGACUGUGGGAAUUGUUUCACCCAAUUAUAUACCUUAACAUGUCACCAGCGUAUACAUACAGGAGAGAAGCCUUACUCCUGCUCUGACUGUGGGAAAAAUUUCUCUCAACACAGCAGCUUAAAGAAACACCAACGUAUACACACAGGAGAAAAGCCUCAUCAGUUCUCUCAGACCAGCUAAGAUUAAAGUCCAUCACUUAAUUCUCAUGUCAUAAAGUAAGUGGUAACACUGAAUUGGAUCCUAUUGUUUCUCACUGUGAGAACUGUGCAGAGGAAAGGGAGAAUUAUAGAAUGAUAGCCUCUCUUUACUAAUCAGUGUGCACCUUGUCAGUUUUGGUGUGUUUUGUUAGCUUCUACUGUAAAGAUAUUGAGAUGACCUUGGAUUUGUCCUUAGGGUGGAAUACCCUCUGCGGUUUCUCUUGUUGAAACAACGGAGUCUGAUGGUUGACUGGGUGGUACUGCUUCCCUCUGCAGUUUUCUGUGGGAAUGAGCUAGUAGACACAACAUGUAUCAGAUAGAGAUGGUGUGAGGAUCAGUUUUCACCUUUCGUUUGGGUGGAUAUAUAUUUUUUGACUACUAAGGGACUGUAAGGUAUUUAUAAUAAGGGAUAACUGGAGAAAAUCAUAUCUCUCUGAAAUGGAAAUGGAUGGCCCUCCCUUCAGUUAAAUAUAUUUUUACCCGACCCUCCCUGAACACUUGAAAAAAAACAACAAGUGACCCUCCCCUAUACCCAAAAUAAUAAUUUAAAUAUGAAGUGGAUUGCAGAGAACAUGCCUACUGUUUACCCUCACUCCUAGGACAGACCAGAGCCUUAGAUAUGCAGUUUUAGAAACUGUUCUUCGUUUUGUAAUUGUUUCAUGGCAAAGUAGCCAAAAGGUUGUGGAUUCGCAGAACACCGUGGACAAGGGUAGGGGUGAACAUACAGGUCCCUCCAAUAAUAUUGGGACCCUUGGUAAAUAUGAGCAAAACGGGCUGUGAAAAAAAUGUUUUUGCUGUUUAUCCUCUUGUUGUUUCAUUCAAAAUA